GAGUAGUGGGAGCCACUGAUAUCAAGGUCUUCAGGGCUGGCCACUGUGUUUGAUAACACUGUUUGGGGUUUGGCUCCUGGCUGUUGGUCUGCGGCCAGUUUGAACUUGCUCAUAACUUUUAUAAGGGUGUGAUGAGUGAGGUGCUGUGAGUACUGGCAGCUGCAGAAAGCAAGUGCCCAGAGGCGCAUGUGGCUCCUGGCUGCUCUGCACAAUGAGAGCCGAAGUGCCUGGGCCGGCCAGCAUGGCUCCAGCUGUGCAGCCUGGGCAGGGAGACUCUGCAACCUGCAGCUCUGAGCUUUUCCAUACAGCAGUCAGCCAUAGCAUCUUCUCACCGAGCAUCUCCUCGACAGCUGAGCGCAUCAGUGCCAUCCUGCAGCAGGAAGAGGUGGGGGACCGAAAGUGGCCACCACUGUUCAUCCAGCUCAAUGAGCUAUUCAGCACUGCAUCAGGCCUGGCAUGGAGAGAGACAGCUAGGUGGAUUAAAUUUGAGGAGAAGGUGGAAGACGGAGGGGAGCGCUGGAGCACACCUCAUGUCCCAGUACUCCACCUGCACAGCCUCUUUGAGCUGAGGACGUGUCUGCAGGAGGGGACAGUGCUGCUGGAUCUAGAUGCCCACAGUUUCAAGGAAAUAAUUGAAAAAGUACUGUCUGCACAGCCUGAUGUAUGGGAUCCUGAGCUGCAGGACUGCCUGGCAACUUUGCUGCUUUGCCAGCCGCUGCACCGAACCACCACGGCCCCGCUGCGUGUGCUCACAGAGCUCAGCCUUUCUCCCUGCAGAGGGAAGGCCAAAUCCUGCCCUGAGCCCAGAACCCAGUUCUCAGAAACUCCUCUCAAGGAGCAGCUGAGAAACCAAUUUAAGAAGAAGCUUCUGCCAGGGGCCGAAGUAGCCAGCGUUAUGGUCGGGGAAGUCGACUUCCUGAAGAAGCCAUUUCCCGUCUUCCUUCGCUUAAGAGAGGCUGUGACCCUUGGCUCACUGGCCGAAGUUGCCCUCCCCAGCAGGUUUCUUUUCAUUCUGUUGGGCCCUCAAGCCAAAGUGAAAGCCUACCAUGAGAUUGGAAGGGCUAUGGCCACAUUGCUGACAGAUGAGCUCUUCCAAAGGAUUGCAUGGCAGGCUAAGCACCAACAAGACCUCAUUGCAGGGAUUGAUGAGUUUCUGGAUGAACUGACUGUGCUUCCUCCUGGAAAAUGGGACCUCAGUGACCGAAUUCCUCCAACACGCUGCCUGUCAUCCCCAAACAAGAGGAUCUCCAUGCACCUGCGGGAAUGGAAAUCUCACUGCAACGGGAACACAACUGCUGCCAAGGACAGGCUUAGCCUGGCCCACCUGCAUACCAGUGAGGAGCUGGAGAGGACAGGAAGACUCUUUGGGGGGCUGAUCCGAGACAUCCGAAGGAAGGCACAUUGGUAUCGCAGUGAUUUCUCUGAUGCCAUGCACAUCCAGUGCCUCUCAGCAGUUCUCUACAUCUACCUGGCAACGGUCACCAAUGCCAUCACCUUUGGGGGCAUGCUGGGGGAUGCAACGGCCAACAUGCAGGGUGUACUGGAGAGCUUCCUGGGCACUGCCUUCACUGGCUCCAUCUUCUGCCUCUUCUCCGGCCAGCCUCUGACCAUCUUGAGCAGCACCGGCCCAGUUCUGGUCUUUGAGCGUCUCCUCUUCUCCUUCAGCGAGGACUACGGUCUGGACUACCUGGAGUUUCGCCUUUGGAUUGGGCUCUGGGUGGCCUUUUUCGGCUUGGUUUUGGUGGCCACUGAAGCGAGUCACCUGGUGCAGUACUUCACCCGCUUCACUGAGGAAGGCUUCUGUGCCCUCAUCAGCCUGAUCUUCAUCUAUGACUCUCUUAAGAAGAUGCUGAGCCUGGCAGAAGCCUUCCCCAUCAACUGGCACUACCGGGCUGAUGAUGUGACCUUGUACAGCUGCACCUGCAAUUUAUCCGUCCCAGGACACGUCACAGCAGGCAACAACACACUGUAUCCUCCACCUACAGCCCUGCAGCAGGUACAGACCCUUCUCCUGGGAGGGGACACAGAGCACCAGGCUGCUCACACUGGCCCUUUGGCUCCAGUGCCACAUCCCUGGCUUAUUUCCCACCUUCACCCUUCCCACAUCCCACAGCCUCCUGCAGUCUGGGCCGCACUGAGCCGGGCCCAGUGCCUGGGCCGAGGAGGCCACCUCCUGGGGAACAGCUGCCCGUAUGUGCCUGACAUUGCCCUUCUGUCCUUCCUCCUCUUUGGAGGCACCUUCCUCUGCUGCACCACGCUCAAGCACUUCAAGAGCAGCCGCUACUUCCCCACGGGGUUUCGGAAGCUGGUGAGUGACUUCUCCAUCAUCCUGGCCAUCCUCAUCUUCUGUGCCAUUGAUGCGGCUCUUGGUCUGGAGACUCCCAAGCUCCUGGUUCCCAGCGAGCUGAAGCCCACAAAUCCCAUGAGGGGCUGGAUUGUCUUCCCCUUUGGAGCCAACCCCUGGUGGAUCUGCCUGGCAGCUGUGGUGCCUGCCAUCCUUGUCACCAUCCUCAUUUUCAUGGACCAGCAGAUCACAGCUGUCAUUCUUAACCGCAAGGAGUACAAGCUGCAGAAAGGGGCAGGCUUUCACCUGGACUUCCUCUGCGUCUCACUCCUGAUGAUUGUCACCUCUGUGAUGGGCCUCCCCUGGUACGUGUCGGCCACUGUCAUCUCCCUGGCACACAUGGAGAGCCUUAGGAAGGAGAGCACUGCCUCAGCUCCAGGCGAACAGCCCGAGUUCCUGGGUAUCAGGGAGCAGAGGUUGACCGGCCUGGUGGUCUUCAUCCUGACAGGAGUCUCUGUCUUCAUGGCACCCAUUCUCAAGUAUAUCCCAAUGCCGGUGCUGUAUGGGGUCUUUCUGCACAUGGGAGUGGCAGCUCUGAACAGCAUCCAGUUCAUGGAUCGAGUGAGGUUGCUUCUGAUGCCUGCAAAACACCAGCCAGAUCACCUCUACCUCCGCCAUGUGCCACUGCGCCGGGUGCACCUCUUCACCUUCAUCCAGCUGCUGUGCCUGGCCAUGCUCUGGGUCAUCAAGUCCACCAUGGCUGCCAUUGUUUUCCCAGUGAUGCUGCUGGCCCUGGUGGGGAUCCGGAAGGCACUUGAGUGCAUCUUCUCCCUGCAUGACCUGAGCUGGCUGGAUAACAUUAUGCCUGCAGCAGCCAGGAAGGAGGCAGAUGGGAAACUGCACAGGAAGCAGGAGAAGCAGGAAAGCAACGCUGAUGAAGACGUAGGUGAUAUCCUGGGAGCUGUGCUCUUUUGCAGCUAUCCCCGAGGACUCUGCGGUGCAGGGGCUGCACCUGGCCAGGGCAUGCAGCUCAGGCAGCAGUGUCUGCCUGCCCAGAGAUGCAAGAACAGCCAACAGCCCCAGCACAAGGUGCCAAAUCCAGAUGGAAUGGCACCAGAGCUGCGGUGCUUUCAUCUAGGGAGUGGCUGUGGGAGUGGGGACAGCAGCGGAGCUGGCAGGCUGGGCCACGGGCUCCGCUCAGCCCGUGCCGUGGUGUAGCCUGGCAGCAGGCUGAGCAGCUCAGGAGCAUGGCUGCCGGAGGGUGACCGGGAGCGCUGCCAACCGCAUUGCCCCCUCGCUUCUCCUCCAGUCUGAGCUGAUGCAUCACCAGGGACGAGAGAUCAACAUCUCCGUGAAUUAGGGCUGUGGCUGGGACGAGGCACAAGCAGAGCAUCCUGGACCAGGCCUGCUGCUUGCCUCCCGCUCAGCUCCGACACGAGGCCCGCUGGCAGGCGCUUAUUGCCUCCGCGUUGCAGCAGGGCCCAAACCUCUGCUUGCUCCGCUUUGUGCCGAGCCCCGUGCCCCGGCUGUGGGGCUCCGAUCCCGGCCUGGCUCUCGGCCUGCAGGCCCCGCGGCACGUCGGUGGAUUGCAGAAUCACAGAAACACCGAGGUUGGAAAAGACCUACAAGAUCAUCCAGUCCAACCAUCCACCUAUCAGCAAUAGUUCUCGCUAAAAUUGCAGGACUCGCGCGGAUAAUGAAGAUAAUUGGCAUUCGAAUAAACGGUGCUUUGA